AUGAAUAAUUUUCAAAACGCUUUCAAAAUAUACAAUCCUAAUUCAUUUGAACAAAUAAGAAAACGGGAAACGUUGAAAAAUUUUAAUGGAAAAGAAAUAAAAGAAUACGAUGCCAAGGAUGUCUACGGUCCUCAGAUUACUGAUAAAGAUGGAGAACUGUUGGACAAACAUGAUAGUUUCUAUAUAACUACGAAAAGCCUCCUGGUGUUGUUUCAGAUAAUGGGUGUAAUGCCGAUUAUGAGAGUACCAAAACGUGCACAAACAACAAAACGUACCACUUAUAACUGGAUAUCAAAGGCUACUCUUUGGGCAUAUCUCGUUUGGGGCUUGGAAAGUAUCAUCGUAAUAAGAGUGGGCAGUGACCGUCUCUCAAAUUAUCAACAAAACUCAAACAAACGAUUCGACGAAGUAAUCUACAAUAUAAUAUUCUUGAGCAUUCUUAUUCCACACUUCUUAAUACCAGUGGCGUCCUGGCGUCACGGUCCUCAAGUAGCUAUAUUCAAGAAUAUGUGGACGCAUUAUCAGCUGAAGUAUCUCAAAAUAACUGGAACGCCGAUAAUAUUUCCGAACCUCUAUUCGCUUACAUGGGGCUUGUGUGUAUUUUCCUGGGCUCUUAGCUUUGCCGUGAUUUUGUCGCAACACUAUUUACAAGACGACUUUGAGCUCUGGCACUCAUUUGCUUAUUACCAUAUCAUUGCUAUGCUGGAUGGAUUCUGUUCACUUUGGUAUAUCAACUGUAAUGCCUUUGGCACAGCAUCGAAAGGUUUAGCUACGAACUUGCAUAAGGCUCUUGAGGCGGAACAUCCGGCGUUGAAGUUGGCUCAGUACCGCCAUCUGUGGGUUGACUUGUCACACAUGAUGCAACAAUUAGGAAGGGCCUACUCCAACAUGUACGGUAUAUAUUGCAUGGUCAUCUUCUUCACAACCACAAUAUCCCUGUAUGGCUCUCUAUCUGAAAUAUUAGAACAUGGGCUCAGUUAUAAAGAAAUGGGCCUAUUCGUUAUAGUUGGUUACUGCAUGACCCUACUCUUCAUCAUUUGUAAUGAGGCUUAUCACGCUACGAGAAAGGUCGGUCUGGAAUUCCAAGUGCGCCUGCUGAACGUAAAUCUAGGUGCCAUCGAUCGUAGCGCCCAACGAGAAGUGGAAAUGUUUCUCGUCGCUAUUGCCAAGAAUCCACCGAUAAUGAACCUGGAUGGCUUCACUAAUAUUAAUCGUGAAUUAUUCACUGCUAAUAUAUCUUUCAUGUCAACCUAUCUUAUAGUCCUGAUGCAGUUCAAGCUGACACUUCUUCGUCAAGGCACCAGGAAGAUAAUUAAAGCAAUAACUAAAGCUAUUUUUAACGUCACCACACCAGAGACAGAAUUCGAUGAAGAAUAA